CUAUAGUCAGUCAUCAUUUGUUAGUAAACAUAAUAAGAGUUCUUAAACAUCAAGUGAUUGAGUGAAUCAAUUGAUCCCUUAGUUUACCAUCGAUUUGGUGAUAAUGUCGACCGUUGUGUCUACAAGUGUUGGCUUUUACAAAAUGCCGAUUACGAAGACUUUGUUGUCAUCAGUUCUGUUGACUUCUUCAGCACUCAAUGUACCCAUUGUUUACAGUUAUAGACAUUUAUUUAUCUGUAAUAUCAAUGAUAUAGUAUUCAGACAUAAGUUGUGGCAAAUAUUGAUAUCCAAGAUAUGUAUGCCAGACGUCAAAGACCUGGUCUGCGGGUCUUUACUUCUCUAUUAUCUGCGAGUCUUUGAGCGAAGAUAUGGUUCAAACAAAUACGCUUCAUAUUUGUUGUCCUGUUUUACCGUUUCAUUAUUUCUUGAGAUAUCAAUGGUAUUCACUUUGAAUGCAUUCAAUAUUAUUAAAAACCCGAACCUAAUGUCCGGACCAUUUAAUAUAAUAUUUGCACUUUUGGUCAAUUAUUACAUUGAUAUCCCGGCCCUCAAGACAACACAAGUUUUAGGACUUCCUAUAAAUACCAAGACAUUAACAUAUAUUUUGGGAUUUCAGACUAUGAUAACAUCGACUAAUAGCAUGAUUUGUGGAAUUUCUGGGAUCAUCGCUGGACUCAUAUGUCGGUAUAAUGUCUGCAAAGUCUGUAAUUACAUUAAAAUACCGAAAUCUAUUGCAUCAUUUGUGGCCAAAUGGUUGGGUCCUAUUGUGGUCUCUUCACCGCCAAUUGAAAGUCCAAUACAAAUGGGAGCGACCGCUGAAAUUCAAAGACAACAACAAAUAGAAAUAGUUGAACAACAGAUGCUUUUGUCCAGCUUUACAAAUAUUAAUCAACGAAACAAUUUGAACCAAACAAAUAAUACGAGAUUUAAUAAUCUAAACGCACAGACAUCCAGUCUGUCGCCGGACUCAGAGUCGAUCAGUUCACCCGACAAUCUUCACGUAACGGCUUUAGUUGAUAUGGGAUUUGAUAGACAGCACGUGGUUCGUGCACUUCAGCGUUCAAAUAAUGACAUCAAUUUGGCCACUAAUUUACUUCUCAACGAAACUUAAUGUUUUAUUUAUAUUUUCUUAA